AUGGUCGGUCUCGGUCCUCGCAGACCCCCUUCGAGAAAGGGUUCCAUGGCCGAUGUGCCCAAGGAUCUCCUUGCCCAGAUCAAGCACCUUGAAGAGAUCUUCACUGUCCCCAAAGAGACACUCGACAAGAUUGUCACAAAGUUCGUCAAGGAACUCGAGAAGGGUCUUGCCAAGGAGGGCUCCACAAUCCCCAUGAACCCUACAUGGUGUAUGGGCUUCCCUACUGGUCACGAGACUGGUACAUUCCUCGCCCUCGACAUGGGCGGCACCAACCUCCGUGUCUGUGAGAUCCACCUGCCCGAGGAGAAGGGAGAGUUCGACAUCAUCCAGUCCAAGUACCGCAUGCCCGAGGAGCUCAAGACCGGUACCGCCGACGAGCUUUGGGGCUACAUCGCCGAUUGUUUGCAGCAAUUCAUCGAAUACCACCACGAGGGCGAGAAGCUCGACAAGCUUCCUCUCGGGUUCACCUUCUCCUACCCUGCCACCCAGCACUACAUCGACCACGGUAUUCUGCAAAGAUGGACCAAGGGCUUCGACAUCGAUGGUGUUGAGGGUGAGGACGUUGUUCCUCCCUUCGAGAAGGCUUUGGCCGAGCGCGGUGUCCCCAUCAAGCUCACUGCUUUGAUCAACGACACCACCGGUACUCUGAUCGCCUCCGCCUACACCGACACUGAGAUGAAGAUCGGAUGUAUCUUCGGUACUGGAUGUAACGCUGCCUACAUGGAGAACUGCGGUUCUAUCCCCAAGCUGGCUCACAUGAACCUCGAUCCCGAGCUCCCUAUUGCCAUCAACUGCGAGUACGGCGCUUUCGACAACGAGCACGAGGUUCUUCCUCUCACCAAGUACGACCACCAAAUCGACGAGGAAUCCCCUCGCCCUGGCCAACAGGCCUUCGAGAAGAUGAUUGCUGGUCUGUACCUCGGUGAGAUUUUCCGUCUCGUCCUGCUCGACAUGCACGAGGGAAAGCACAUGUUCGAGGGCCAGAGCGUCGACAAGCUCAAGAAGCCUUACAACAUUGACGCCUCUGUCCUUGCCGCUAUCGAGGAAGAUCCUUUCGAGAACUUGUCCGAGACCGCUGAGUUGAUGCGCACUCAGUUCAACCUCCAGUGCAACAAGCCCGAGCUUGAGCUGGUUCGCCGUCUUGCCGAGCUGAUCGGAACUCGUGCUGCACGUCUGUCAGCCUGUGGUGUCGCUGCCAUCUGCAAGAAGAAGGGUUACAAGACUGCUCACGUUGGUGCCGACGGUUCGGUGUUUAACAAGUACCCUCACUUCAAGGCCCGUGGUGCCCAGGCCCUCCGCGAGAUGCUGGACUGGCCAGAGAAGAAGAGCAAGCGUGAUGCCGACCCCGUCGAGAUCAUGACUGCCGAGGAUGGAAGUGGUGUUGGUGCCGCUUUGAUCGCUGCCCUUACGCUCAAGAGAGUCAAGGAGGGCCAGCUUGCUGGUAUCAAGGAUGCCAAGUCCAUGCUCGACUUCUAA